CCCCCCGGCCCCUCUGCCACUUCCCGGUAAACAUGGAUGCCGGGUCACUGGACGCAGCCGUGCAGAGUGCCCUUCAGGCCCUACCCCCCCUUCGAAGCCACGGCCCCCACGGUCCUGGGCCAGGUCUUUCGGCUGCUGGAGACGAGCUACCGGGGAGAUGGGCUCCGCUGCCUGCUCCAGUUCCUCAUCCCGGCCAAGCGCCUCUUCGAGCACGUGCGGCAGGCAGCCUGCGCUCCGUACUUCAACUGCAUCUUUCUCCACGAAGGCUGGCCCUUGUGUCUUCACGAGAAAGUUGUCGUCCACCUCGCGCCACUCAACCCCCUCCUGCUGCGCCCCGGGGACUUCUACCUGCAAGCAGAGCCCUGUGAGGAGCACUCAGCGCGCAUCACCGUCAAGCACCUCUCCUGCGACCUGCGCACGGUGGAGGAGACGCCUGUCCCCGAGGCUGCUUACGCGCUGCUCUUCACCAAUGAGUGGCUGGAGGAGAUCAACGGCGACCGGGCCAGAGCCCCUCUGCAUACCUGCCUGGUGGCCACCGAGAACGGCAUCGCCCCGCUGCCAUGGAGCAAGAUCGCCACGCCGGAGUUCGUCGACAAGCCCAAGGCUGGAGCUGAUGGCGCAUCCACGGGGGCCCGGCACGGCCCUGCUCCUGAACCUGCAGCGGAGCCGGCAGCACCCAGUGCACCCGCACCCCACGGCACAGCGGAUGCCCCGGUGCCCUACGGCAACGUCGCAGGCACCAUCCCAGGCUGCAAGGUCACCUCUCGGAAGUCAAGCCAUGGAAGGUACCCAGGACUGAUCAAGGUGGAUCAGGCUGGGCUGCAGAAGAAGCCAGCCACGCUGGCCAUGCCCAGCCUCUGCGAGAUCAUCAGCCAGAACCUGGAGGGAGAGUAUGUGGACCUGCUGGAGCUCUCCCAGGAGCAGCUGGACCUCCUGGCCAGGUCCCUGCCACCCUCCCGCCUGGCAGGGCCGAUGGGGUCCAGGGCCGAGGCGACACUCCCCUGGGUGAACGGGGGGCCGGGGGCAGACACCUGGCCCUGUGGGGGGGCACUGAGCUCGGAGGAGGGUCCCUGCACCCCGUGCCUGGGGAGGAAGCUGAGCCCGGAGCCAGGGCCACACGGCCCGCGGUGCCGCCACCGCGACUCCUACCUGGCCGCGCUGCAGAACCCGGGCCCGCGGCUCGCGGUGGCCCCCGGGGAUGAAAGAGCCACCAGCCAGCACGAAGGGGCCUGGAAGAAGAUGUCUGCCAUCUACUCGCCCAGGAUGGGCAGAGCCAAGCCAGCCGGGAAAGGUAUGGAUGCAGCAGCCGCUACCCCUCCGGAGGAACGGUCCCUGGAAAGCACCGGCUGCAAGAACGGCCCCUCCACGCCUGACACGGGCACCCCUGGCCGGGAGCCGCCGGCCUGGCAGGACCUGCACGCUGGGCUGCUGCACUCGGGCAUCGUGUGCCUGCCAGGGAGCUCGGACAGGCUGGGCAGGGCCCUCCUCCAGGUGACCACCAGCGGCAGCGCCUGGGGGGCCGCGUGGUGCUCGGCCGCUGAGCUGGCGAGGCUCGUCCUCUACCUCUGCUCCCUCCCCAGGCGAGAGGCGAAGGACGGCGAGCUCACCGUUGUGGUGGAUGCCAGGAAGCAGCCGCCCGCUCCCGUCCUGUACUCGGCACUCCGCUCUGUCCAGAGCGUCUCACCGGGCUGCAUCCACACCGUGCUGCUGCUGGCUGAGAAGGAGCUGGUCACCCACCGCGAGAGGCUGCCCGGGGUGCAGGUGGAGACCCUGACAUCGCUGAAGGCUCUGGGCCGCUACGUCGACAGCUCCCAGCUGACACAGGAGCUGCACGGCACCUUCCCCUACUGCCACGGCGAGUGGGUUCAAUUCUUCCAGAAACUGCAUCCCUUCACGGCCAGCCUCAGGCGGGCAUCGGAGCUGCUGCAGAGCUGCAUCCAGGAGCUGCGGAGUGCCGACACGCUGGUGGGGACGCAGGAUGUGGCCACAUGCAUCGGGAAGCACCAGGAGCUGAUGCAGAGGGUGCUGAGCGACCCGCAGCUGGUGUGUGUGCAGCGCGAGGCAGGGGCUGUGCUGGCCAGGCUGCGCAGGGAGGCCGCCCGGCUCAGCGCCUCGGCCGAUGUCAGGACCAGCAUGGAGUCGGCCGAGGGGCUGUACAGCCAGCUGGAGGAAGAGCUUCACGACCUGGUGUCCCAGUCCAACAGUUGCCUGGAGCGCCUGGAGUUUCUCCGAAAGGUCCGGGAGCUCGAGGCUGAGUUCAGCAAGCUGGGGUGCUGGCUGGAUGGGGAGGCAGCGGCGCGGCUGCAGGAGAUGGGCACCGAGGAGUGGAGCCCCGACAGCUUCCCGGCCUCUGCCGAGCAGUUUAACGAGUUCCUCAUCCAGGCAACAGCUCAGUACCGGCACGGCCUGGCCCUGUGUCAGGAGGCAGCUGAGGUCCGAGACGCAGCUUUCCCAGAGGCAGACCCCUUCCAGGCGGCUGCAGCCCUUUUCCGGACGAAGCUGAUGAGCUUCUACAGGCAGGUGGAGCGGCGGCAGGCUGAGCGGGAGCUGCUGCAGGAGCUCGGCCGGUUCUCCGGCAAGAUCACGGGGCUGAAGCGGGACUGCAGGCAGUGCUCGGCCCGGGUGAAGCGCGGGGAGGGCCAGGCGCUGCAGUGCCUGCAGAGCUCUUUCCAGAAGCUGUCGGUGGAGUUUGCUGUGGAGAAGCUGCAGGAGAUGAAGGCUCAGGUGUGCAGGAUGCAGAGCAGCCGAGGGCUGGCAGCCUGGACCGAGGCACGGCACAGGUACCAGGAGACCCGGCAGAUCUUGGAGGAGCUGCUGGCAGAGCUGCAGGAGGCCUGGGGAGCACAAGCCAGCGGGCAGGGAGAUGCCUCUGGCUCCCUCGGCUCGGGGUCUGCAGCCCCGUGCAAGGAAGCCCCAGUCUGCAAAGCAACCGCCAGCCCCGAGCCAGCGGGGCCGGGGGGCCGGGGGGCAGCGGAGCAGCCGGAGCCCAGCGCCCAGGGACCAGGACAGCCCCAGGCCGGCAGCGUUCCCAGCCCCGCACUGGGUGCGGAGCCGAGCUCCCCGCAGCCCCACUGCCGUCAGGGGCCGGAGGGCGACCAUGCCUUUCACCACCACGUCUCUGAUGACACCUCCCUCCCAAAACCCGAGAGCGGAGCCUGCCUGGGAGCUGCAGGACACCUCGCCCAGGAGCACAGCCAGCCCCUUCAGAGGCAUCCCUUCACCCUGCCUCCCCGGGCGCGUUUUCCAGGUGCUGACCUGUUGUGUCCCACCGCUGUGCCCCACGGGACUGUCUCAGCCCCCGGCACGCACGGUCCUCCUGCAGAUAAGCAGGCAGAAGCCACCCAGUACUUCCAGGUUUCCAGCCAGAGCAGUUUCUCCUCUGAAGACUCAGACUCGCAGAACUCCACCGAAGAAGCCCCAGCAGCGAGCCUGGCUUUGCCCCAGGAACUGCAGAGUCCCAGACCAUCUUGCCCCUCCAAAAAGCCCCCCCAGAUUGUUUACCUGGAGAACCACCACAACGAGAAUCCAGCUAAAGCAAAUGCCAAGUAAAACCAGUCCCUUCCAGUUGGGGCUGUUUCUGUCCAUUUGUGGAAGUCUCAAUCACCGACUGGAUGGGAUGUCCUGUGCUCGGAGGUGGGAUGCUGGGACCUGUUGCUCAACCCUCAGUCCCAGAGUCCUUCAGUUCCCUUUACUUAGCCCUCGCCCCGCUGUGUAACGGCAGUAACCCCAUCACCAGCCUCACGAGGUUUGUUAAUGAUCUACUAACUGUGUAGCAAUCUUCACGUAAAGUGCAUUUAUCCCUACAAGCUCCAGGUUUGCCCUAGGACAGUGGUGAGGGUUCCCUGAAGUCAGCAGCCAUGCUCGGAGCGUCCCAUGGGAGCACAAACCUGUGCUGAGCUGUUUCUGCCCACUGGCCCCUCCACGCUCCCCCCUCUGCUGGGUGGUUUUACCGUCCCCUGCGCUGAUGCUGCAGCCCUGGCCAAGCGACAACGACAGGCAGUUUACCUGCAUGCACUCGUUAA